AAAAAUGACUUUAAAAAGCCUUCAUUAUAACGUAGAUACAAAGAAAUCAGCCUACGUGUUACCUCAAAAACCCUCCAUCAGUGCGUGAAAAGAAGGGCGAUUCUCAGAAAAGUGACCAGGGAAAUGUAAGAAGCUAUCCAGGAGAGGGGCCAACAUUGUGUCAGGCCUGGAAUUUGGCAGAAGGUUUUGUGGUAAGACCAGAGUUGACCUUUUUGGUCUUGAAAGAGAACUGCUGAAGACAGCCUGUCACCCAGGUAACACAGCAUCAUGCUAUGGGCUUACUUUCAGCAGGGGGCAGUGGGAAGCUUGUUGCUAUCAGGGAAACGGAGCCAAAUACUGGCAAAUCGUUGAAGGGAACCCGAUUCAGUGAGCCAGAGUUCUUCAUUCGGGGCAAAGAUUCAUGUUCCGACGGGACAAUGACCCAAAACCCAGACUUGAAUCCCUAGUGGAUUGGCGCCAUAAUCUAUAUUGAAAAUAUAACUAUAGAUAAUACCUUAUUUCAUUCUUACUUGUGUUGGAUAAUUCAAUAGCUUGCUUGUUGUUUUUCAGCUCAACAAAUAAAAUUAAAUAUUAUACGUGACUAAAUAACGACAAACUAAACCGAAACAAAACUAACAUACUAUUGUGAUCUUGACUUUUUCCGUUUAGAAAAUAAUGGGUAUUGCGGACCGUAAUUAGAUUUUGUUAUUUUCCAGUUUUUCUCAUGAUGCACCAACCCUCUCGUACACUUUGCGUAUCUGAGCAACGGGAGCAAACAACGCACUUACCAUAGCAACCCCAGGACAGUUAGCUAGCCAGCCUGCUUGGUAGUGGUGGGGUAACGUUAAAGUUUUCUUGGUGAAAAUAUUCCUGCUUUAUUCUGCCACCGUGGCGCUGCCUAUGCUGCUGGGAAGAUCGCCCGAUAAAAACCUGGGCAAAGAGAAGUUUCACAAAUCCCAGCAUUUUGACUAUUCCCAUGGAGUCCCGUUCUUGGUGGGGACUAGCAAACCGGGCAUCGGAGGGGAGCUGCUCUUCGGACAGAAACCCCGGUCGAGGCUGUCGACCGGAGGGGGCGGCGGUGCGCCAUCUUGGCUGGCAUUUGACAAGCAGGUUCUCUGUUUCGAUGCUCACUUUCAAGAACCAGUUUGCCAGAGGCGAGAGGAGACCUACAGAGUCCGGAAGUGUAAAAUUUACUUCUACCUGGAGGACGACACCAUUCAGGUGGUGGAGCCAGAAGUUAGGAACAGUGGAAUUUCACAGGGGACCCUGAUUCGACGUCAGCGCAUCGCCCUCCCGCCCCCGCGGGACGACCAGUUCUACACCUCGCACCACUUCAACCUGAACCAGGACGUGGUGCUGUUCUCCCGCUGCUUCACCAUCACCGACUGCGACCCCUUCACCCUCGGCUUCCUGCGCAGGCAGGGCAUGCGCGUCAACCCGCCCGCCUCCGCCCCGGCCGACCCCUACAGCAGCCUGCGCAGAGAGAUGGAGGACAGCAUGAAGCCCCUGCGACCGUACGAGAGGAUGGACACGCUGAGGCAGUUCCUGGACCACGACCGCAACGUGCUGCAGUUCUUCUGCUACUGGGACGACUCGGACGCCGCGUUCGGCCUGCCGCACCAGCUCACGCUGCACUACUUCCUGGCCGACGACACCGUCGAGAUCCGCGAGGUGUUCGGCCGCAACUCGGGCCGCGACGCCGUCCCCAAGUUCCUCAACCGCAACCGGCUGCCCAAGAAGGCUCCCAUGCCCACGCGCCAGCCCGGGAUGCUGACGGACCGCACCGUGCUCAACGUGUUCGGGCCCACGGGCAACAAGGGCCGCUACCUCCUGGACAACCUCAAAAUCGGCUCCACCGGUGAUGAGUUCUACACGGACCGCGAUCUGACCCUGGGGGCGGUGAUCAACGUGUGGGGCCGAAACGUGGUCCUCUGUGACUGCGACAACUUCACCAAAGAGUACUACCGCACCAAGUACGGCAUCGAGGACUUCACACCGGUGGACUACCGGCCCGGCCCGGCCCCCCGCGUCCCCAGGGAGGUGCCGCCCUACAACGGCUUUGGGUCCGAGGAGGACUCCCUGUGCUCCUGCCAGGGCCUGGUGCUCAAGGCGCCGAAGAAGGACUUCCGGAAGCUGAUGGAAAAAGACAGGCAGGGGCUUGUGAGCAACGUGCUGCGAUUCGUGGGCAAGAUGGUGACCGACGUCUCCGCAGACUUUGAGCGGAGGUUCAUCAUCUCCUACUUCCUCAGUGACGACACCGUCUCCGUGUACGAACGGACCAAGAGGAACCUGGGUGUGAUGGGAGGUAAAUUCCUGGAGCGGGGCAGGGUGAAGAAGCCGGGGCAGGAGCUGCUGAAGAGUGAGAUGUCGGAGUAUUUCGAGGCCCAGGACCUGUACCUGGGGGCCACGCUGGUCUUCAACGCACAGGAGUUCCAGCUGGUGGAGGCUGACGAGUUCGCCAUCAGCUACAUGGAGCAGAAUGCAGAGGAGUUCCCCAUGGCCAACGUUGGAACCAUUUUGAGCAAGCUGAAGUCCAUCAGCAAGGACAAACAGAAAGAGAUCAAGCAGUUCUUUGCCAUGAGUGACCCUGCGAACACCUUUAUCAUUCCGUAUGAGCCUUUCAGGAGGCUGCUGGACGGGGCGGGCUGCCAGCUGUCGGAUCACGAAGUCCUGACCCUGGGCCGCUGCUACGCCGUGUGGGAGCAGAAGGAGCCGGACCUGGGCCUGAUCCUGUCCCUGGCGCAGGAGCGCCUGAAGAAGACGCACUUCGAGAGCUUCCCCGAGAUGGCCAACGCCUUCCUCUACGAGGACCUGGACAGGACCGGACGCCUGGCCACCAGACAGGCCCGAACCAUCUGCAAAGCCUUCAAGAUCCCCCUGGCCGACAACCUGCUGAUGGCCCUCUUUGAGAGGUUUGAGAACGAGGCGGAGGAGCUGGACUACGACGCCUUCCUGUCCAAGAUCAACUGGAGGGAGAACCCGCUGCCCCCGGUGCUCCCCGACGACGUGAUGAAGUUUGAUGUGGACCGGAACGACGAACCAGCUGGCCCGGCACCGAAAACCAUCACCUACUCCACCUUUCUGGAGGACACGUUUGGCAAGCAGGGAUAGAGAGCGCAGAUGUCCGUCAACCAGCAUCUCAUCUGUCCUCGAACUGUGUGUGUUUCACAUUUGAAGGCAUUUGUCUGUCUGUCACAUAAAUCACAUGCAUCCUUCUCUCA